UCCAGCCUGUUGCUGAUGCUGCCGCGGGGCGUUCGUCAUGGAGCUGGCGCCGCGGAGCUCUCCGGUUCCUCUGCUGCUGCUGCUGCUUCUGGGCCUGAGCACGGGAGCUGUCAUCGACUGGCCCGAAGAGGAGGGCAAGGAAGUAUGGGAUUAUGUGACUAUCCGGAAGGAUGCCCACAUGUUCUGGUGGCUCUAUUAUGCCACCAGCCCCAGCAAGAACUUCUCAGAACUGCCCCUAGUCAUGUGGCUUCAGGGUGGUCCAGGUGGUUCCAGCACUGGAUUUGGAAACUUUGAGGAGAUUGGGCCCCUUGACAUUGAUCUCAAACCACGAAGAACUUCCUGGCUCCAGUCGGCCAGUCUCCUAUUUGUGGAUAACCCUGUGGGCACUGGGUUCAGCUACGUGAACAAGAGUGACGCAUAUGCCAAGGACCUUGCCACUGUGGCGUCAGACAUGAUGGUUCUCCUGAAGACCUUCUUCAGUAGCCACAAAGAAUUCCAGACGAUUCCAUUUUACAUUUUUUCCGAGUCCUAUGGAGGAAAAAUGGCUGCUGGCAUCAGUCUAGAACUUUAUAAGGCCAUUCAACAAGGAACCAUCCAGUGCAACUUUGCCGGGGUUGCUUUGGGUGACUCCUGGAUCUCCCCUCUUGAUUCGGUGCUCUCCUGGGGACCUUACCUGUACAGUGUGUCUCUUCUUGACAACCAAGGUCUGGCAGAGGUGUCUCAGGUUGCAGAACAAGUGCUGGAUGCUGUAAAUAAGGGACAUUACAAAGAGGCCACCCAGCUGUGGGAGAAAGCAGAAAUGGUCGUUGAAGAGAACACGGAUGGGGUGAACUUCUAUAACAUCUUAACUAAAAACACUCUCAUGUCUACAAUGAAGUCAAGCCUAGAAUUCACCCAGAGUCACCUAGUUCGUCUUUCCCAGCGUCACGUGAAAUACCUACAACUGGACGCCUUAAGUGAGCUCAUGAAUGGUCCCAUCAGAAAGAAGCUCAAAAUCAUUCCUGAGGAUUGCUCCUGGGGAGGCCAGGCUACCGACGUCUUCCUGAACAUGGAGGAGGACUUCAUGAAGCCGGUCAUCAGCAUUGUGGACGAGUUGCUGGAAGCCGGGGUCAAUGUGACGGUGUAUAACGGACAGCUCGAUCUCAUCGUGGACACCAUGGGUCAGGAGUCCUGGCUGCGGAAACUGAAGUGGACAGAACUGCCCAAAUUCAAUCAGCUGAAGUGGAAGCCCCUGUACUGUGACCCUAAAUCUUCGGAAACGUCUGCUUUUGUCAAGUCCUACAAGAACCUGUCUUUCUACUGGAUUCUCAGAGCCGGGCACAUGGUUCCAUCCGACCAAGGGGACAUGGCUCUGAAGAUGAUGAGGCUGGUGACUCAGCAAGAAUAGGAUGGAGUGGGCUGGAGGUGAGCUGACUUGGCCUCAGGGCACAAGAGCUGAAGCCGGCACCCUGAAGCUGUAGGAAGCACCGAUCUCCCCAGGAAUCCGACCUGGACUGUGAUUGUCCCUGUCAGCUUCCACACAGAACAAAAUCAUUGCCUCUGUGGCAGCUUGGAGAUCAUUUCUGCUUCUGAAAAAAAUCUAAGUUUUUUUUGUUUUUUUUGUUUGCUGAGGAAGAUUAGCCCUGAGCUAACAUCUGUGCCAGUCUUCCUCCACUUUAUGUGUGAGUCACUGCCUCAGCAUGGCUGACAAGUGGUAUAUGUCCGUGCCUGGGAUCUGAACCUGUGAACCUGGGCUGCUGAAGCAGAGUGCUCUGAACUUAACCACUACGCCACGGAGCUGGCCCCUAAGUUUUUUUUUUUAAUGAAUUUGUUUUCAUCAACAUGAAGGAUUGAAAUAGAUUAACAUUUUCUUAUUACAAAAGCAAAUUAUGUGAUUUAUGGGAAAAAAGGGAAAUACAGAUAAACAAAGAACAAAAUAAAUACUCAUGUAUUCCCUUCCCAGGGAUAAGCACUGAUAUCCUUGCAAAUCCUUUUUUGCUAUAAAUAGAUACAUAUUUUUUACAAAAAUUAAUUCCUUACUGUGUCUUAUUUUACUGUCUGCUUUGUUCACAUCAGUAUGUCCUAAACACCUUUUCAUGCCAAUAAAUGUUCUUCUGUAACAUUUUUAAUGGCCGCUGAGCGCUCCAUUUUAUGCAUGUACCAUAAUUUAUGUACCAAAUGCCCGGUUGUUUCCCAUAAGCCAUUUCUAGUUUGUCGCUGUUAUAAACAGUGCUUGGUGAUUCAUCCUGAUAGUUAUAUUUUCAUGCACAUCCUUAUUAUUUUCUUACAAUAAAUUCCUAAGAGCAUGAUCAUUUUA